CAAAGACUAGAGAGAUAACCUGCUAGAGCAGUACUUAAUUAGAUAUGGAAGGUGGGAAGCUGAAGGCCCUAAAAGCUUUACUAAUUGUUGGUAAUUGUCAGCUGGCAUAAUUCACCCAGAAGGAAUCUAUACUGCGUGUGCAGAUGAACGGAGGUUUGGGGUGGUGGUGUUCUUUUAAGUCCAUGUUACUAGGCUGCUGGAUCAGUGGCUGUGUUAUAGUGGCAACGACAGUCAUAACAGCAUGCCGGGCUCAACCACUGUCGGUAAACAGAGGUUGAAAAAGACAAGUGCGAAAUCAAAGCUUCAUGGUUUAUUCACUAUUGAUGAAGAAGAUGAGCUCUGCAGAAUAAGAAAUUCCAGAACAGAAGAAGCUUUGGAGGCACAAGUGAAAGGGGAGGACAAAAAAAGCAGUCACCUGACUUCUACAUUUGGGCAAAGUGUAAACUCUGGACCUAAACAAGAUCAUCCUGUUCUUCGUGUUGAUGACAAGCAAAGGCUUGCCAAGGAACGCAGGGAGGAAAGACAAAAGCAGCUAGCUGCAAGAGAACAGCUAUUACUUGAAAAAGAGCAAAAAGCAAGGCAUCAUUAUGAAAAACAACUUGAAGAACGCAAAAAGAAAAUUGAAGAACAGAGACUAAAAGAAGAAAGACGACGUACUGCUGUUGAUGAGAAACGAAAACAAAGACUUCAAGAAGAAAGAGAGCGACAUGAAGCAGUUGUACGUCGCACAAUUGAAAGAAGUCAAAGAAUAAAACAGAAGUCCAACAGGUGGUCAUGGGGUGCAACCCUACAAGGCACUGCUACCAUCAACAGAGAUGGUGAUUUUGUUGAAUCUUCAUCCUCCUAUCUUGAUUUAGCAGGCCUAGAUUGCCACUCAAGAAAAAUGGGUGGCACUCCUGAAGAUGAUGCAGAUCGGCGAUCAGUAUCCACAAUGAACCUUACGAAACAUGCUGAUCCAGUCAUCAACAAGCGGUUAUCAUCAUCAUCAGCAACAUUAUUAAAUUCUCCAGACAAAGCCAUCAAGCAAAGGAUUUCAUCCUUUAAUAAACAGCCCUGUAAGCCACGUUCAACUACGCCUGAAAAGUUCAGCUCUGAUUCUAAACAAGCUCGGCGGUUGCAGCUGAGUGCCUGGGAAAGCAGCAUUGUCACUCGCCUUCUAACUCCUACUCACUCAUUCCUAGCUAGAAGCAGGAGCACUGCUGCCUUGUAUGGAGGUGGUCUAGAUGCAGUUAUCCCAAUUUGUCCUCGUUCAGUAUCUGCCAGCUCUCUUACUCCACCAACCUGCAAGAAUCUGCACAGUAGGAUGUCUGACUGGCCAAGGUACAUUGUUACCACACAUGAUAUGCAUGGACGAAGCAGAUCAGCUAAUCCUGCAAAGAUGGAUAAAAGAGAAAAAGAGAGAGAAAAUGAAAGGGAAAAGAAUGCAGUUGUAGCUCUUACUACAAAUUCAACAGGAAGGAAGUCAUAUUCUCCCAUGACUGGGAAAAACAAGUCACCAAUGCCAUCCGCAGUCCGAUUAUCGUCAAAAACAUCGUCUGCAGCGAAUCCAAAAUUGCUUAUUUCACCACCUGGCUCAGUAAAGAAUUCUUCAAUUCUGAGACCACCUUCACCUGGAAAUGUUCGUCCAACCAAAGCAUCUGAGUGUGAAAUAAAGGAGCAAGAAGAAGCUAGUUCAAAAACUCAAGAUAAUACAGAAAGCAUUCCGGUCACAGUUCGUGCUACUCCCGGUAAGGUCUCAGCAGGUACCACUGAUUCAGCAGAGGCCACAAGGCUUCUGACUGAGAAUCGGCGAAUAGCACGGGAACAGAGGGACAGGGAGGAAGAAGAGAAAAAAGAACAAGAGGAGAGAGAAAGGCAAAUGAAGGAAGAAAUGCUGCGUCGUAAAGGUGAAGAGAAAGUGCGUCGUGAAGAGGAAGCUCGGAAACUUGGAGAAGAAAAGACACUUCAAGAACAACAGCAAAAAGUUGAAGAGGAGCGUCGACUUCUGGAAGAAAAGGCUCAAAGAGACAGAGAUGAAAGAGAGCGAUUGCAGAAGCAAAAAGAGGAAGAUGAUCGUGCUCGAGAGGAGGGCGAGAAGUUAAGGAAAGAACGUGAAGAGCAUUUUCAAAAGGAAGAACAAGAACGCAUGGAAAGGAAAAAGAGACUUGAGCAAAUUAUGAAAAGAACAAGAGGAUCCAACACUCCAGAAAAGGCGGAUAAUCAAUUGUCUACAGAAAAGGGAAAUGGGGAAGAUCAUAAACAAGCAACACCUGAUGAAGAAACCAGCCAGAAUCCCGAUUUCAUAACAGAAACAAAAGUGACAACUACGAUCCCUGAUGAAGUAACUAACAAAGAGUCGGUAAUUCAAGAAAUGAGCAAUGACGGAGAGUUUGCAGUUCAUUCUCAAACAGAUAUACAGUGUCCUUCUGCUCAGAACAUCAUUAGAGAGAAUGGUGUUUCCACAGAGGAUGAAAGCUUUGAAGAUUACAUUGAUCUUGCAUUUGGAAUGUCUACCAGAGUAGCCACAGAAACCAUUAAUGACGAUUGUAAGGAUGAAGUUGGAAUUCCAGUGAAUCCAGUUAUUGCAUUUGAGGAAAAUGGAUCCAUGGAGUUAUUAACCAAAGUAGAUGGCAUUCAAACUCAGCAAACAGCAGAAGUGAUUUGAGAAUGUUGAGCAGGAACAACGAAGUGUGGUCAGAGAGCACAUUCACAAUGAUUGGAAUUCUUUUUGCUUCACAUCAUAAAGGAUUGCAGUGCCGCCAUUUUAAGAUCUAAAAUUGGAAACUAACCACAACUGUGAGAACGGGAAUAUUAAAUAUGCAAAAUGCGGGUAGAGAGAUUCAUCAUUGCUAACUGAACUUCUAGAUAAUUCUGAUCACUGGUUAAUCGUGCUUAGUAUGCAUUGUAUAUAAACUGCUUUUCCAACAUGCUGCUUCAGGGAAUUGGCAUUCUUUAUAAUGAGAUAAGAAUGACAAUUGCAAAUUUGUGAUUGUGCAGGGAAGUACCUAAAUUAGCAGUACCUUUAUUUGUUUUGGAACCCUAUUACUUGAAUAAGCCUUGUUGUGCUGCAAGUAGUUGAUAAAAAGCAUCACAUAGUUAUUUACCAAUUGCCACUGUGAUCUCAGCAGAGUCCCAUGUAAUCCCUUAAAUAAUAAGUAGAUCAGUUUUAGCAGUUUCACUGUUACCUCCUUUUCAGAAUUUUUUAACACCAGCUACAAAAAAUAAUGUUGAAAAUAGCGCAUAUAAAAUUGAAUUUUAAUAGCAAAUCUGUAAUUGAUAAAUAAAGUACCUAUUUUACACAGAUUGGUAAUUAUCAAAGCAAUUUUGAGGCCAAUUAAUCACAAUGAAGUAUCUCUAAUAUAUUACUACUGAUUCAACUUGUGAAUGGACAAGUGGUUGUAAUGCCUUAUGGUCCGAUAGAAAAUAUACUGGGAAAUUAUGUACUUAAAUGCACGCUUUCAAUUGCCUUAUCAUAUGAGGCAAUUUAAAAUGUUUUAUUAAGUAUUUGUUUUUGCUUGUUUCAGAGCAAGAAACCUGGUAUUAAAGAUGGCAUUCCUCUCUGUGACUUUCACUUACUAGAUUUGGAGGCUUUAAAUUUAAUUCAUUUGUAUGUUACUGCACCAAUGAAAUUCAUAAUGAUCAUCUCAAGUUUGCUGCUAGAAAGCAUGACUAUUAAACCUUGCACUUUUCCCCUUUUUUAAGUACUACUGAAACUGAAAUGAUUGCAGACUGGAUUAAAUAUAACCAGGUAUCAGCUUGUUUUUCUGCCCAGGCAUUAUGAAUAAAACACCUUCAUGGAAGGAUUUGCAUUUGUUCAGAACAUGAAAUUAAUGUAUGCAGUAGGGUAAUUUAAGGCCAAAUGGUGUAUAUUUUGUAGUAAACCGUUCGUCUAAGAUUUGAAAACCUUCAUCCAUCCAGAAUUAUAAGAAAAGCCAUUUAGUGAGUUGUUUAAUAAUCAUUGUAUAGCUGCAUAUUUUCUAUUUUUUCUGUACUCUCGUAUCUAUGUAUAUAGAAAUUAUUUAAAAAUUACAUUCUUAAAUUUGUUUUUGUUGUAAUCUGUGUAGAUUAUGUACAAAAACAUGCUUUUUGAGUUAUUAUGUUAAAUUCUAAAUAGAUUUGCAGUUGUAAAGGGAUAGUUGCCUCUAAACUGAUCAGAUGUGAUUUAUUGCUAAUUUUUACAACAGGAGUGUUUCAAAUUUAAUUUUUCUAAUCCAGAGAAUGCUGAAAAUUUGACUUUUUGUAUCUCUUGUGGUUUAAAUAUGCUGGACUAAAUGAUUUUUAAUAUUAAUUUGAGGAUGGCCAGCAUCUGUUAGACAGUUUACUAUAUGAGAAAUUGCAAUGAAAGCUCAGUAAAAUCUGCACAGGUUUGAAGAGAAAUGACCUUUCAUCUUCCAUAGUUCUGCAAUUCACCAUCCCACCUGAAUUUUGUUAUCUGAAAAGAUCAAAAUUUAAAGGAGACCAGUUUAAUAAUUUACACAAAUAAAAUGCAAUAAAAUAGUUUCUGUAACAGUCUGUAUGGCAACAUCGAUUUGUAGUGUACCUGUUUGAAAACAUUGUCUUGAUUGCACUUUCCACCAUUUUGAAUGAUGCACUUGGAUUACAAAUUACACUUUUACAAAAAUGACGAAAAUAAAGAAGUUAAUUGUG